CUGAUUUAGCAUAAGUUACAAAAUGUUUAAUCGAAAACGAGAGUGACCUAAUGGGUAUUUAGCUCUCGAAUUAUAAAUCUCUUUAAAUGUAAUACCAGUAAUUUUGUUUUUUUUAGUGAAAUGUUAUCUUGAUUUUGUUAAAAUGAGUAUAGCAAGUGUAGUAUUUUUUACAUUUCAUUUUACUUCUUUCAUAUAGUUUUAUUUAAGUUAAAGUUACCAAUUAGUGAAUUACCGAAUUACAAUUACAUUGGACAAGAGUAUAAACUAAUAAAGUGUGAGUGUGACUCAUUAGUACUAUUAAUAGUAGCCGACUUUGCCGUAAAAGUUGGAAUUUGGAUUCUUAAUUGGACAUUGGAACCUUUACAUCUUGGAAGAAGAAAAAAAAAAAAAAAAAAAGAGACGCCGUGUUGGAACUUGUUUAUCCUACUUCUAUUAGUCGGACUUUGUCAACAAAACAGGGAAAUUGGAAAGACAAAUAUUGGAUUUAGGCUUAGAUAAAAUACAAUAUCAGUAUUUGAAUAUGGUUUUGUACUCCAGUGAGAAGUUUGAAGUUACUCACAUAGCCAGGUGGUUUCAUGUUUUACCCCAUGUUGAUAUAACAUUUAAACCAGUGAAUGCUACAUUUGAUGUCACAAACAAUUCUUAUUUAGAGGCUUUGGGGAUUUUAAUUGCUGUUCCAGGCUUCUGGCUUAUUCUUACUCUUCUUGCAUUCCUGGUGUUUUUCCUCUGUCGAUGUUGUGAUGCCAGUUUAAAGAAAAAGAGAAAAUUGACCCCCCUGAAAUGGACACUAGCUAUCUUUGCCUUGCUUUGUUGUGGUGCUUUGUCUCUCGGAUUAUUUGGAAAUGAUCAAACUCACAAUGGCAUGAAGAGUGCUCAGACAGCUACAGAAAACAUGGAAGAUAUAGUUAUGUCUGUUCGCAAUGAGACCAGAGAGAUUGAAUUCAUUUUGAACAAAGAGAUCAACAAAGAUCUUGACAAACUAGCAGACCUGUUCAAAGAACCAAUAUCCAACAGCACAGCUCGUGUUCUUUUACAACAAGCUUUAGCCUACAUGAGAAGUAAUGUUUCGAAAGGUGUGGAGCAGUUGCAGGACAUCAAUAAUAAAAUUGACCAUGUGGACCUGAACAAAGUACCAGACACUAUACACAAGGUGGAACUUUUCAGAUGGCCAGUCACCAUUUCUCUUCUAUGUGUUUUGAUUUUUUUCUGUUUCAUUCUACUGUGGGGAAUCAUAAGACAUUCUCGGUGUUUUCUUAUCUUUUUCUCUGUUGUUGGGCUCAUGUCAGUCGUUCUUUGUUGGGUACUUGUGUCACUCUACCUUGGACUGUGUGUGGCUGGUUCUGAUUUUUGUUUGGAUCCACAACCUUUCUUAUACAAGCAGGCAGGAUCAAGUAUUGAUACCAAUGUCUUGACAUACUACCUACAGUGUGAUGACUCAACUGUUAAUCCAUUUACUGGUCCCAUCAAGGAAAGUACCAAGACCAUAGACAACGUGGAGAGUACAUUGAAUGUCGUAACUCAAAUAACAAGUGUCUUCUAUCCAGAGAAGCAGGUGAGAGAGACAUUGGAUCGCUUGUCUACAAACUUAAACACUACUGAGAAGACUGUGUCAGGCAUGGCAGCUCUAUUGAAUUGCCAGGCUAUGCAUAAGGAGUACAAUGCAGCUAUGCAGGCUACCUGCAUUGAUAUUAUGGAGGGGACAGCUUACAUGCUUGUUUCAGCAGCUGGAGCAGGUUUGUUCUUUACAGUGCUUAUCUGGGUAGCUUCUCACACUUGGAUUCAUAUCCGUAGGAAGCGAAGAGCUGACCAUGUGGAUGAAGAAGAUCCUUUUCUACCACCCUCUGCUGUUCAGACCAACUCGCGAAGGAACCGAGACACGUAUGGCAGUAUGGGGUUAUUCCCCCGUUUUGGCAUUCCUUCUACUCAGACUCCACAUUUUUCGUCAUUGAAUGGCCAUUCUUCUGAUCAAGCUUAUAUGCAGGGCCACUACACUCCUCCACCUUCUUAUCACCAACUUUCUGGGGGUGCAUUUGUGGGAAAUCAAGGGAACUUUUCCCAAAGGGCCUGAUGAUAAGUUCACCUUCUUACACAGCAUGACAAUGACUUGAUGUGUGCCACGAAGUUCUGAGACAUUGAGCCAGUUUGUGGAAGAAUUCAACUUGGUGAAGACCAACUCAUCGAGAGGUCUGUUAUAGCAGGAAUUCUGUGGUGCAGUGUUUUAUUGUUCACUUUUAUCAUUGUGCUUUGUAAAGAUGUAAUGUUAAACUAGUCUUUUUUUUAGAACAAAACUAAAGGUUUUGGUAUGUAAGGACUAGAAAUUUAUUAAGGUAACCAACAGAUAUGGAAAAAGGGAAAAACUUGUUUCUCUUCAUAAAACUGGUUAGCAUUGAUGUGUCCAAAUAAAAACUAAGACUUUAUAUUAAGGCAUGUGGUUUGCAUGUAUGCUUACUAAAUAUUAAGAAUAUUUCUUGUGCAAAUGGGCAGGAAAUACAGUAUUUAUAAAUUGGUGUUAUUCUGUUUUGAAUUGUAGUAUUCUGUAUUUGUUGAGAUUGGUAAUUAUAUCUUUUAUUUACUAGUCAAAAAGUUUAAUAUAUGUACAUAAGAAUAUUAAGAAUAUUUCUUAUGCAAAUGGGCAGGAAAUACAGUAUUUAUAAAUUGGUUUUAUUCUGGUUUGCUUUGUAAUAUUCUAUAUUUGUAGAGAUUGGUAAUUAUAUCUUUUAUUUACUAGUCAAAAAAUUUAAUAUACGUAAUACAAACAAAAUGGAUUAUUUUAGAAGUUUUAUAUUCAAAGAGAAUAACAACAUAAUAAUUAAGAAAAUAUAACUUUAUAACAACUCCAAGACUCCUGGACUUUGACAAACAAACAUUAGUUGAAGUUUUAAUGAUUUGUGCUGCUUGGCAUUUUAAAAUAAGAAAUGUAAUUAUAAAAUAUUGUGUAUUCUUAAUUCCUUCAAGUUGUGUAUUGUUAGCUUGGAGUUGACUUGUUUAAUGUGAGUAAGAGUAUUUCAUUGUUUAGUAUAUUAUGUAUGUACAUGUUGGUGCUAUUAAACAUGUCUACUUUUUUAUGAUGAUACUCAACAUGUAUGUGUAGAAACUCAUGUUUUUUCUUUGUUUGUUAAUAGUACUUGUGAACAAAAAACGGUGUUUAAUCUCAAAUACUAACCAUUCCUGGACUUUCAUGUUUUUAAUGUUCUUCUGCUCUUCAUCACUCAAAAUCCAAAAAAACAUAACUCGUGUAAUUGAUCAAAAAGGCAUAGAUAAUAACAUCAGUCUGAAAUGUUAGGGUCUUUAUGUAGUGCAUUUCAACUUCUAAAAUUGUAAAUAAAGUUCAGAAUCGGAUAGCAGUAUGUUGAAAAAAUCAUCAUCAUUGCUGCUAAAAUUAUGAAAGGUACAAGUUUUUCUAUUUAACCAUCUUGUCUAGGCAAGACCUAAUUAUAUGGGAUGGAAAGACGUUUUUUGAAAGGUGUUGAGAUAAAGUGGCAGUUUUUAAAGGCAAAUUCUGCAUUAGUUAGAGAACAAUAACAUGUUUACAUAAAGAAAUAUUUUUUCUUUGAUGAUUUUUGGUAAUUUUUAUAUUUUACAUUACUGCUCCGACCAUAAAAAGGAAUGAGAAACAAAUAUAAUAGAAAUAUGUAAAUCUUUAUUAAAGCAUAUUUUAAGUAAUUGUAUUCAAUGGGGUGGUAUUUCUAUAGGUGGUAGAUAGGGCAAGUCCAGAAGGAUUUAUCUAAAGGAAUAUUUUCAGAAAUAAAUAGAUAAUAAGUAUACAGUGUACUUUAGCCAUUUUUUAUGUGAUAUAUCAGAGCAGCUUGUGGAAAAUAGUAAUCUAAACCAUAAAUAUGCAUGAAAAAAAAAACUAGAAUAUUUACAAGAUAAUUUUUUUUUUCAGUCAGAUUCUUGAUGUAGAAUUUAGGAGGCUUUUACCAUUAAGGUGUUAUGCACAUUUACUUAACUACAUUGAGAUGAAGAAUAAAUCGGUCUGUUGGCUAUAGUAGGUGGAUUCUUAAUAAAACAGAAUGGUUUCAACUGUUACCAUGUGUAGUAGACGUGUUUUGGUGUUCCUCGAGAGUAAUCUGUGAGCAGACAUAGGAAAUUAUCUUUGUAUUGAGUAAAUAUUAGUAUGUUUAGCAUAGUUUGUCAAUGUUAAUUUAAAAUCAAGCACAUCCCUGUAUUAGGAAACAGUAUUUACCCACAAAUUACUUUUUCCCUUAUUUCCUUUUAAGAUUGUGAAUACAGCAUAAAAGCCAAGACAAGUAAAGUAUAGCUUGUAUUGUAUUUCUGCUGUGUAGAUUAAUUUAGGUGUUUUAUUAUUAAUGAAUUUUUUUGAUAUUAUGAGUAAAGUGUAUGAUAUACGUGUUGUUAGCAGUUCGGUAGUUUUAAUUUUUUAUAAGUCAUUUCUCACUUUUGUAAUUUAGUCUUCUGUGUUUUGUAAUACUGUCUGAAAACUGAACAAAAUGGGGUUUUAUAACUCUUACACAAUGCUUGUAUACAUUUGUAUGAUAUAUAUUCUGUGCAUGAAUGAAAUUUUAAAUAAAAACAAAUUCAUCACCUUUUAUACAUUAUAUCUUAAAUAUUGAGCUGGUUUGUUGGAUAUCUUGCCAAAAGGUAGCUUUAGCACUUCUUAAACUAGCUAGUUUUGUGGUACUCUUCUGUAACCAGCUUUAAAGCCAUAUGAACAAUAACAAUCACUAGCCUGCCAGUGAGAACUAAUGUUUUGAAUAAAGUGUGUUAUGUCACGCACAAUUUUCAACCACAAAUGCGUGCCAGGCCUUGUCUGGUACUAAGCAAUGGUACACUUUCCUGGUUAGCAUUGCUUGUAUGUGAUUUGCUCAGCUUGUUGCUUUGUUGUAAAUAUCUGCAAAUUACCAAACUUUUUCACUUAAAUUUUUUCAUUUCAGUCAUUACUUCUCAUAAGUUCAUCAGUGUUGUUCAUACAAGAUUUUGCAUGUUUAUUGUCAAAUGUUUGUAAAUUGUAGAAAUAGUUAUGUUAAUAACAUGAUAAAGUUAUUAAAUGAUGAAUCAAAACACACCAUUUUACUUUUAAUAACAGUUUUCAAGUUUUAAGCAUUCAAUGUGUAAUAUAUUUUUUAAUUUUGAAUAUUUUUUGACCAGUAUACAUUUAAGUACAAAAUUUGUAAUCCAUAUUGAACAAGAGACAAAUUGUACAGCGUGUUACUGAUUUUAAUGUGAGCAGUUUAAUAAUUUCUAAAUACUUAUGAAUACUAACUUCCAUAAAAUAUCAGUGUAUAAUUUACAAUACAGUGUUGAUUGCGAUGCAUAUUUUAGUGCCAUUUCAGUCUACUUUCUCAUGAUUUUUCACUUUCAUAUAGAAAAAACUAUUUGAUGUAUGAUGGUUUGUAUUAAUGAAUAGACAUAUUAAAACAGGUUUUCUACAGAUUGUUUUAUUCUAACUCUAGUGCUUGUUGCACAUUAGUACAUUCCUAUUAAUAUUUUAAUGGUUUAAACUGUCCCCUAAAAAUCAGUAGUGAUUUUUUUUUUUCAAAAUUUUAAGACAAUCACUUAGUUGUUUUAAAUUAUAUAACAGUAAAGUCAAACAACUUUAUAAUACAGUCUGUGCUUUCCUGGCUGAGAUAUGUUAACCAUAUUUUCACAUUCACUUUUUUCAAUAGUAAUAUUAGCAAAGAAUUAUUAUUGUCUUCCAUUUACUUUUAUAAGAGUACAGUGAGUUAUUGAUGUGUUAUUGAUUAAUUUAAAGGUGUCAGUAUAUUAAUUUGACAUAAAACAUAUUGUCAUAAAGAUAUUUUUGGGUUUUGACCAGUAAACUUUGCAUGUUUAACUCUGGUUUUGUGUGAUGUACAUGUAGUAUAAUACGUAAAAAUCUCAUAGUAUACAUUUGGAUAUUGAUUGAUUAAGAUUUUAUCUACAUGUCGUUGAUUAUUGUUGAUUUAAAUGUAAAUAUAUUCAUAUUUGACUCCAAGAAGAAAUGUGUGAACAGUGAGAUCUAAGUAACUGGAAGAUGUGCAGUUUCAGUAACAGUGUAAAUGUGAUUUAAUAGUGAAAUGUCUGUGUAUGUUCAGCUUUAAAAAUCGUGAAGUUUAAAAGAGAAAUAUUUCCAAAUGUGUUAACAGUUUGUAUCAUUCUUCGUUUUAUGUCCCUGAAAAACCAAUACCAGCGAUAUAUUAAAACAGGUGAAAAAUGUGUUAUUGAAAAUAGCAAAUUAAGUAGUUUCAAAUGAUAUAAAUUGACAACUUCAACAAUAUAGACUUUGUUUCAGCUAAUGUUUCACUACCUUGCUUUUGACUUCAGCAUGUUAGUUUUCAAAAAAUGUAUAAAAAAUUUAUAAAAGUGAUUAGGUUCAAAUGAUACUGACUUUUGUAUUUUUCACUUUAGGGAAGAUAUUUAUGUUCCAAUAGAGGAAACAUUUAAUCUGUGUUGUUGCAAAGGAACUGGGUUCAGUUUCUUAACUGCAUGAUUAUGAUCUUUUCAGUGCCUACUUUGUUUUUAUACUCUGUUUUGACAUGCAGAUAAAUUUCAUGGUAUGUUCUGUGUUGUGUCAUUUUGAGCUUGUUUAACCUGUACUUUUUUUAUUAUUUGUACAGUAAGUUUGAACCGAUCCAACCUUUCUCUCAUGAUAUCAAAUCUAGUGGCCAUUGUAUUAUUUCAUAAAAUCACAAAGUGUGUGACUGUUUUUUUGAAAUACAAGAAUUCAUUGUUCUGUCAAUCUGCUCACAACUUGUCAUGACUGAACAGGACAUUCAUUCUUUCAUAUGCUUCUAUGUGAAUGCAUAAGAAUUUUACUUUUGUCAUCCUUGGUUUUAUAAUUCAAUAAGAUCUCGGUAUUUGAGUCAGGAUUGGUAAUAGAGCUAUUGUAUUGAAGUAUGUAUCUGUAGUUCCUUGUGAUUGAGUGAAGCAUGUGUUUGGAGAUAUAUAUAUAUAUGCACGUGCACACAUACACGCAUACACACUUUUAUUGAUGUAACCAUUCUUAACACUAGUGUUGUUAACUUUAUGACCCGGAACUGCUAACUAUUGUUAGAUAAAUUUUUAAAUAAUGUUUGUUUGAACAUUACAAAUUCACAGUGUUUUUAUUUGUGAGUUAUUAUCCAAGAAAUAUUAUUCAUGUACUGUCAGUGUGUGGCAAACAUGUAGCAACAAUUAUUCCUUAAAAUUCCAUGUUUUUAUGAUAUAGUGAUCAUAGAGGAGAAGAAUAGCAAGAAUAUGGGAAGACUAUUAUCCACAAAGUUUCAUGUAUUUUUGCAAAAUUGAGGAAAAAUGAUCAUUAAUGUAAUUUCAAAAUAUGUUAACAUUAAUGUAAAACAAAUGCUCAUUUAUCUAUUGUAAUCAGUUUAAUUUUCUGACACAUUAUUUUUUUUUAAGUUACAUAUAUUAAUUAAAUGAAAUUUGGAGUUAUUUACACAACAAUAUUUCAACCUUUUUUGUCUCUGUACCUCUAGUUAUCAGAAUGAGAACAGGUUUAUUAGCAUGAAUAAGCUUUAAUAUAUUUUGGUGUUUGUUAGAUACUGAUGUAUCUAGUGUACUUGUCUGUACGAAACUUAAAUUCUACUAUAAACAAUAAAGUUAGUACAGAAAUGUAAUAUAGAAAAAUUAAUUGUUUUAAAGUAUUUAAAGUGCACGAAGGUCUUCUGCAUAAUUCACAGUUACAAAAUGUGGUCAAAAUACAUGAUUUAGUAUCGAUGGUAUUUCUAGAAAUAGAAGUCAUUGUGGUAUUUGUAGUAAAUAUAAAUUAUUUUGAGUAUCAGUUAACUGUGUAGUAGCUAGUAAAUUUUGUGUUUGUACAAGUAUUGUCCUUGGUAUAAUUAGUAUUGUUGAGGCACUACGCUAUAGUAUUUGUAAUAUUUGAUUUUGUAAAUAUUUUGAUGAUACUUUAAUUAAAUGUGUUUUUUGUAGUACAGUUAUUAGAAGAAAAUCAGUGUAAUACUAUAGAAUAGAAAUGUUCCUGUAUUGGAAAACUUGUAGUACUUUUGUAUCUGAAAAAAAAAAAGAUAUUUGAUUUUAUCAUUCCAUUUGUGUUUCUUGGAACCAAUUUUUAAUUUAAUUAUUGGAAUAAGAAACAAAUGUUUUUUCACUCCAGAAUUUUUUGUCGUAUUUGUAUAUUUAAAUUGGACUUUUAAAAUCUCGGAUAUUGUGUAGUAUUUAAAGCACUUCGUAUUGCAACAAGUAAUUGAUUGUAAGUUGUUUCGAUAUUUUGUACUUUGUAUCUUUCAAUAAAUAGUACUCUUUGACGAAUAUCAAAGUUCUUCUAA